AUGCCGCGGGCUACUCGACAGACCAGACCAAAGGCGGUUACGGCAGCCUCGGCGAAGGCAAAAGCACUAGCCGCAACAAUUGCCGCAGCAUCUCCACCAAAUCUCACCGCACCAGCAGCAGCAGCCGCAUCUCCGCCGCCGCCGCCGACGCUGCUCUUCAGGGACGCAGCCGCGUGGGAAUCGUGGCUGGAGGAGAACCACAAGGGCACCGAGGGUCUCGGCGUGGUGUGGCUCAAGAUUGGCAAAAAGAGCUGUCCGGAACGGACGGUGACUUAUGACGAGGCGGUCGAGCUGGCACUGUGCUUUGGUUGGAUAGACGGGCAGCGCAAGGCACUGGACGAGCACUUCUUCAUCCAGAGGUUCACCCCGCGCCGCAGGAAGAGCAUCUGGUCCAAACGCAACGUCGCGCGGGUCGGGAUGCUCAAAAAGGACGGGAAGAUGCGACCCGCAGGUCAGGUCGAGGUCGAUGCCGCCAUGGCUGAUGGUCGUUGGGACAAGGCUUAUUGA